AUGAGCAAAUCUUCAUCAGAUGAAACUCCUGACUUGUCACUCGAAGAAGAAACAUUAGAUUCUUAUUCAUUAGUUUUCGAUAAAGUCAAACAGAACUUCUCCACCAGUUCAGAAGUUUCAUUCGCGAAACAUAUUUUGUCGCCGAUUGAUCAGAACCAAACGAUCAUCAAAGAAACAGCACCAAAAUUCAAUCCAUUUCUCUUAUUAUUCGUACAAGAUGACGAAGUCUUAAAUUCAAAUGAAAUCAAUCAUAUUCCAUCAUUGAAUAUCAAAUCAAACGAACACGUGAGUAUUGGACAAGGUCUAUUAGUCGAAGAAUCAAUAGCUGUUUUUGAUCAAGAUCAAAUAAAAAGUUCGAAACCUAUUAAAACACGUUUGCCAACAAAUGAGUCAACAUCAACAAAUAAUUGUUCUCCAACAUCUCCAUGUUCACCCAACAGCAAUUCAUAUACAUUUUACAAUAUUUUCUCAGAUUUCAAGACAACAAUGACACCGGAUGUCGUACCUGAAGAAGAUGAAGAAACAGAAGAAGAAGAAAAUAAAAGCUCUCCUCCACCAUCAACUCCUCCAUCAGCUGUUUUCUAUCUCGAAGAUGAUCAUCCCCAUCAUUCUCAACCCUCCUCCUCAUCGUCUCCACAUUGGCCAUCGUUAAUUCUCAAUCGUUUUCGUCAUGCCAAUCAUCAUCAUGGAAUAAUCAAGCAAAAUUCAGUUAACGAAAAUCAAAUGAGCGUAACCAAAUUACGCAAAACAGAUUCAAUCGAUUCUUCAUUUCCUAAGCAUCGUUUUCUCAAACGUUCACAAACUAUCAAUCAUACGGAUAGUUUAGCCGAUAAAAAAUGCACAAACGAUGAUUUCCCUGAACUGUCUUUACCAACGCAGAACAAUAUCGUGAAAAAACAUCGCUCAUUUGUUUCUAUGUUGCAUCUCUUUCACCAUCAACAUCAAACAUCAGCAUCGAAAAAACACCCCGAUCGAUCGAAUUCAACUGGAACGCUUGAUAUAGAAAAAGUGGCUGUUAAUUCCAAUGAUUUUUCACAAUCAAAAGUCGUUAAACAAAAAACUCUCCUAUCAACAAGUUUUGACGAACACAAUUCUCCAGUGAAAAAGUCGCCUUCGACACCAAUUUUACCCAAGUUAGCCUCGUUCUUUCACCGCCAUCAUCUCUCUGAACAACAUAAAUAUCGCGUGGGAAAUCUGAAAGCACGUCUUCAUCAUCGACGAAAUUCUCCUCCAUUGACAAAUACAGCACCGAAAUUUCAAUGUCAAAUAUCCAAUGAAUUGAUAGAAGAAAUCAAGAAAUUAGAAGAUGAACAAUGCAUCGAUCAAGAUUACAUGCAGUAUCCACGUCCUGCGAAACCGGUGGUUAUGAAACGUGUUCAUACAUGGCAUAAUUCAUUUGACUUACGACCAGUCGAUCAAAACUCGUUAAAAUCUCAACGAACGAUUCGCAAAAGUGACGAGGAAAAUGAUGAAGCGUUUGAGAAAUUUUUACAAGAACAUCGAACAUCGAAGAAGGAAGAAAAAUCACCGGUUGCAGAGAAACGAAGAAAACGAAAUAGUUUGAAAAAUUUUAUUUGUGAUUCAUCAUCUUCAUCGGAAGAAGAAGAAGAAGAUCCAACUGGGUUUUAUCGGAAAGUAAAUCGAAUCAUCGACAAAGAUUUAUCAUGGAGACAAGAGGAUGAUUACGAAACUUCAGACGGAUCAUCAGCUUCUUCAUCCUCUUCCUCCUCCUCCUCCUACGACGACGAAGAAGAUGAUGAAGAAGAAAAUGAAAUUCGAUCACGAAAAACCAAGAAAAUUGCGGUAACUUUUCUUGAAUCACUUUCAAAUUAUGUUCCAUUUGAAGACAAACAUACCGAUGCGAAACAAUAUUUUACUAAAACAGGUUUUAAAAACAAAAACAAACGUCAAGAAUUAGCUGAUAAAUUGUUUUCCAUGUUCGACCGAGAUGUUUUCUCGUCCAAAUUGUCAGAGAACGUAACGACUGUCUGGAGUGGUCGUUUGACAGCAACAGCUGGUCACUGUACAACUCGACGCACAUCUCAAACAGCGAUUAUUACACUUUCAAACAAAGUUUGUGAUUCGCCUGAACGUUGUCGCGAUACACUUUUGCAUGAAAUGUGCCAUGCAGCAGUUUCUCUCAUCGAUGGGAAAAUGAACGAAGGGCACGGACCGUUAUGGCGAAAAUGGACUCGCAAAGCUGAACAACAUUAUCCUUAUUUACCAGCGAUAUCAGUGAAACAUACAUACGAUAUCGCUUAUAAGUUUGUCUAUCGAUGUACCAAAUGCCAAUAUGAAGUUCAACGUCAUUCGAAAUCACUUGAUAUCGAAAUGGAUUUUUGUGGAAAAUGUAUGGGAAAAUUUGAAUUAUUGGUCAAUAAUACAAAGACGAACGAAGUGCAAACACCAAAGAAAACUUUAACUCGAUAUAAUUUGUUUAUUAAAGAACAUUUUCAAACAAUGAAACAAGCACAGCCACAUUUAUCUACCCCACAAUUAAUGAAACAUCUAAGUCAAGAAUAUAAAAAAUCUUUACAACAACAACCUGAAAUUGAUUUACCAGACUUUGAAAAAUUGAAAAUCUAA